CUCGGACACGGCGGCGCGCUACAGUUACAGCUUUGCUUGUGGGGGGGCUGGGCUUGUAAUCGGGGGACAGGGAGAUUGUUUCCCUGCCUCAAGCUGCCUGAAUCCUCCUCUUGGAUCGCCUCGGUACUGCUUGUGUACGCUCCCCACCCUACCGGGGAUCGUGAAUGUGCUCUUGGAUAUAGAGGGGUUUUCCUUCGGGCUGCCUGAUGGUUCCCACUGGAGAUCGAUCUUGAGGGCGGUGUAGGUGUUGAGUGUGAGCUCAGCGGUGCGACACUGCCUUGUCCUACUCACGAGCGCGUCUUAGCUGCACCGUGUAUUGCAAAAGGUCUCGGUCUGUAUGUUUGUUGUCAACCACGCGGUGUUCAUUGGAAUGUGGGCGUGACUUAGCUACAGACCGCUGUCUGUGACGGUAACCGACUCCUCGUGUUUGUCAGGUGAUUUGCCGUCAGCGCCGUGUUGCACAUUCUCGUUUCGAUUGUUCUCAACUGAGGCGCUGCUUGGGGUAGAAGCUCUGUCGUUCGAUUCACAUGAAAGUUUUCUUGUUCAGAUUGAGAGUUAGAGCUGUUUCCAGUGACGUUGAGCCCGGAGAUCAUAGCUGUGGAUGUAGAGGUCCGCGGAACAGGCAGUUUGAGUCUUAGUUCGCCUUUGAUUCAACUUUAAAGCUCCAUUCUCACAGCAAUCUUGUGUGACACUUAUAUUUUAAAGGUUUGUAACAUUGCCUCUGUUGUUUCUGGAGUAAAAUCCGUGAAACUUUCAACGCAUAAACUCGGGAAGCUCGGGGAAUGACAGUAAACAGAACCAUGGACACAGAUGAUGUUCUUCUGGGUAACGUCUUACUUGAAUCUGCAUCAAAUGUGGACAAGGACGGUGUUAUGGAUUCACCAGAUGGAGAGAUCAAGCGAGUGAUAUGUCAGAAACAGAGGGAGCCUGAACCUGAGUUUGAGAAUCCCAAGUCGAGGCUGAGGAUUGUAUCUCGUAACUGGGAGAAACCUAAGGGAGACGUCAUUCUGGAUCCUGAGUUUCUAAGCGAGGGUGAGAAGCUGGUAGCUGGAGAGGACCUUAAAAUGAAGCCUGGUCUUCCCAGUCCGCUACCCCGAGCAAGAACUUCUUUCGUGGCCCCAAUGUCUCCUCGAUUUUCACCUGGAGAGCAUGCAGAUUUGCUCGAGAAGAACUCGUACCUCGAGUCGGCACUGAAGAAGAGCAUGCUUGAAAACGAGGCGUUGAAGCGUGAGUUUGAAGAGGAUAAGAACAAUUUGCUAGAGAGCCUUGAGCGUCUUGAGCUUGCGAAUGAGCAGCUGCUCGCUGGUGGCGAGAACUCUGGCAUGGAGCAGCUUCAGAUGGAGCUUACCAGGCUGCAGAAGCAUAAUACCUUGCUUUCCCAAAGAGAGCGGGAGCUACAGUUUCAGCUCAGUACUAAGGAUAUGCUCCAGAAAGAAGUGCAGCAUCUGCAAGAGUUGAACGAGCAAUUACUAGAAACUAGGGCCGGAGAUGGAGACUCUGAAUCCGGCAACAAGAUGCUGGAGAGGAUCAUGACUCUGGAAACCGAGCUUGCAGAGGCAAUGGAGGUGAACAACUUGUACAAAUCACAGCUCCACACUGCCUUCGCUGAGUCUAAAGAUGCUGCAGGUGCACCUGCUGCCAGUGGAGACGAGGAGCUCACCAAACUACGUGCUCAAGUGAAGUCACUUGAGGGAGAGUUGCAGGAUCUUCGCGAUCGGUAUUUUGUCAUGAGCAUUCGUCUUGCGGAGAGAGAAGCUCAGCAUGAAGAAGCGAUGAUGAAAGUUCGAAGACUUCAGAGUCCAAUCAAGCAUUUCACUGGCUCAUUUAAAUGAUCACGUCCGAAUAUCUAGUUCUACAGCAAGCGCCAAUCAGAACAUGUAACAGAUCUAACAGUAAUAAGUGGUUGACAAAUGAAAAAUAAUGGCAGAAUUCCUUCAAAUAGACUCGUGAGUGGCUGUCAUUCCACGUUCACCUUGACUAUAAUACCUUCCUUUUCACCGACUGUUGUCGGGCUGGAAUAAUUGUGCACAUUUUAGGGGAACAGCGGCGAGCGUCGGCCAAUCCACUCAGCCUAUGAUUUGUACAUACUUUUCAAUGUGGAGAGAAGUAUGAUAAUCUUCUUCUGUAAGUACCUGCAUAGCUUUGACUGCAAGGUUGCGUAAUAUUUUAGUAAUGUCCGAGUCGAUGGCCAAAUAUCCAGUGACGAUGAUAGGAUAUGGUUAAAUUUAUUGGCUGUUGAGACAUGGCAACAAGUUUGAUAAUACUGAGGAUCUAGGCUGAUACUCAGUCCUCUAAUGAGAUAUGUCGGAUUACCGAACAUAUUGAAUGUCGAUC